AUGAAGGUCCUCAUCCUUGCCUGCCUGGUGGCCCUCGCCCUUGCAAGGGAGGAAGAACUCAGUGUAUCCAGUAUGACUGUAGAAAGCCUUUCAAGCACAGAUGAAUCCAUUACACAUAUCAAUGAGCAGAAACCUGAGAAGUUUGAAAGUGACAAACAGCAGCAAAGAGAGGGCAAAUGCCAGGACAAAAUCCAGUCCCUUGUCCAGCCACAGCCUCUUCUCUAUCCUUUCGCUGAGCCCUUCCCUUACAAUGUCCUUCCACAAAACGGUCUGCCUCUUGCUCAGCCUGCUGUGGUGCUGCCUAUCCUUCAGCCUGAAGUGAUCAGAGGCCCCAAUACUAAGGAAACCAUCUUUCCUAAACGCCAAGUGAUGCCUUUUCUUCAGUCUCCAGGAGUGUCAAUCUUUCAACACCAAAUCCCAAAUCUCAGUGAUGUCAAAAUUCCACAGCUUCCUCUGCCUCUGCUCCAGCCCAUGAUGCACCAGGUCCCUCAGCCUCUUCUUCAGGCUCCCAUGCUUCCUCCUCAGCCCCUGCUUUCCCUUCCUCAGCCCAAAGCCCUGCCUCUUUCCCAGCAAGUGAUCACCCACCCCCAGAGAGAUAUGCUCAUCCAAGCCCUUCUGCUAUGCCAAGAGCCUCUGCUUGACCCCACCCAGAAUUCCAACCCUGUGACUCAACCUAUUUCCACAGUUUAUAAAUUACAGCAAUUAAACCAUUACACCUGUGCUUUGCACCUUCAAAAGCACCCAGCAUCAGAUGUCAAAUUUUAUGGUCACCCUCAAGGAAAAAAAGUUUCAAAUGCAAAAUCUGAAUCACAGCUCUGUAAUUUAACAGCUAAGUACAUGAUAAAUGUUCCACUGCUCCAUAUUACUGACAACUUACAUCAGAGCAACAGGAGCCAGUACCAGAGUCAGAAUGAGCUGGGAUACUUGCUUUUAGCGAGUACUGUUCCCAAACCAAAGACUAACAGGAAGCUUUAA